UCCAAACUUGAAAAGCUCGAAAGAAAAUUAUCUGGUAAUCGUCAAGCAGCCCAAAGUGUUUGCAGUGGGCAAAGGCAUACGAUGCUUGGUGGAGGCGGCAAAGGCAUGGGAUGGGGUACGGGAGGAGCCAACAUGUUGAGAACAAUCGUUGGAAGGGCAGCAGUUUCCAAAAACCCUACCGCAGCUUUCCAGGAACCCCUUUCUUCUUCUACAAGUGCAACCCGCAGGCAUAAUAAUACCAAUAUCAAUAGUUAUCUUCAUGUUCCUUCUUCUUCUUCUGGGAGUUCUUCUUUGGGUAUAGCCAGUGGCGUCCCCAUCACUGCCGAUUCUGGGUCGCCGUCGCCUGCCUUCUCUGCGGGUCCUCCUUGUUUUGAUGACUUUGAGUGGGUGCCCCGCCGUGAGGGGGAUAGUAUGCAGCCGCGUGAUUUUGUUUUAGGACCUGUCCCUUCUUUUUCCGAAGUCCAAAAUGCUGUCUCUGCUCUUCAAAGGGUUGCUGGUGUAAGCUCGUCAAGAGAACUUAUCAGGGAUAAGUCCUCUUAUAAUGCCGACAAGGAAAUAGGCUAUCAAGUUCCAAGCCCGGGUACUAGCUCGAUGCACAGGGUUCGUUCUGUCGGGUCCGAGUUGGACUGGAUCGAGCCUUCGAUGCAACUUUACAACGCACGAGCAAAUGGACCUUACGUAACAAAUAGCGUUUCGGACGCCUUCCAUUUACUGCAGACAGAUCCAACGAUUCAGGAAAUGGUAACUUCAUUAUCUUCUGAUGAAGCUGUUUGGAAUGCCAUUUUGAACAAUGAGAUGGUGAGGGAGCUCAGACAGUCAAUUUAUGCAGCACCCGAAGACAGUAGUUCAACGAGCUUCGACGAGAAUUCGGACGAGAACUUCGAUAAAUCGAGCGAGACAACGAGCGUGGUGAAGCGGAUUUUCGACAAAACUAAAGCGAAGAUGCUGGAGUUAUUCGAUAAAAUAGCAAAGCUCGUCGACCAGUUGUUUCGGCAGCCUCCCGACGACUACGAGACAACAAAAACAGCGGGCCUGUUCGAUGAAAGGCUGAGAAUCGCAAUGGUGUUAUCCGUUAUGGUCCUGUUGAUUGUGGCCGUGACUCGAGCUCAAACCGCCUGAGUUUACGGCUGCCAUUGCUGAGGCGUUGCGGUUCGAAUGGAAACAAAGUUUAAUGUGCUACCCUGUCAGCACAGGUGACAGGAGAAUCGAGGUGUAAUUUGACCUCUGUGGGGGCUUUGAAAUUUUAAUAACCCUACAAACGUGCACCAUUUAGGUAGCUGUCUGAUCUCAAUUAUUUAGCAUUUGAUUAUUUGGGCUGCGAUGAAUGAUUGAGUAGGUUUCGUGCUGUGGCCUAGCUUUUACAUGUUCACGAAAAUCAUUGCUACUCGGUUUCUCUCUCUUUUAUUUAAUCAG